AUGAAAUCACCAACAAUUUGCGCACUUCUUGUGGUCGUAUUUGCUUGCUUUGCCAGCCAAACGUAUGCCGUUCCUGUGGCAGUGGAAGCGCCAGUUGUGGAAGUAACAAAUGUAUCACCUGUGAGUCUUUUGGAUAUUGAAAAUGCAGAUGGAUCUUCGGUGGAUGUGACGAAAGAGGGCAAUGUGACGAGGUCGACACGUGGUUUAGGUUUGCUGCUUGGUGGUCACGGACUAGGCGGAUUCGGUGGAUUAGGUGGACUAGGCGGCUUAAAAGGCUUUGGAGGUCUUGGUGGAUUUGGUGGACUAGGUGGACUUGGCAGUUUUAAGGGAUUGGAUGGUGGAUUUGGAGGUGGUUUCAAGCCUUAUUUCGGUAAAUUCUGGUAG